AUGGAGAAAAGAGAACAAAAAAACUUAACAGAUAUCAUGGAAUUCCAUUUGGUAGGAUUUGUAGGACUUGGCAAUCUGCAGGUUCCACUUUUCUGCUUUUUCUUAGUUAUCUACAUUGCUACCAUGGCUGGGAAUAUCCUCAUCAUUUUGCUGGUUGUUACUGAUCCUCAUCUUCAAACACCCAUGUAUUUCUUCCUGAGUAAUCUUUCUUGCCUGGAAGCCUGCUACAGUUCUGAUAUCCUUCCAAUGAUGCUGACUAAUGUCUUGUAUGGUGGGCGGAGAACAAUUUCUGUCACUGGCUGCAUAAUGCAACAUUAUCUUUUUGGUCUUUUUGUAUCUUCAGAAUGUUGUCUCCUAGCAGCAAUGUCCUAUGAUAGGUAUGUAGCAAUCUGUAAACCACUGCAUUACACAAUAUUAAUGAACAAUCAAGUUUGCCUACAGCUUAUAGCUGGAUCGUGGAUAAAUGGUUUACUUGUUAUGGGCGUAGUUUUAUAUUUUAUGUGUCAGUUAAAAUUCUGUGGCCCCAGUGAAAUCAAUCAUUUCUUUUGUGAAUUGAAUCCAAUAAUAAAGCUAGCAUGUAGUGAUACCCGCUUGAUUGAACUUGUCACAAUUUUGAUAUCUGUUGUAUGCAUCUUGCCUCCUUUUUUCUUAACCUUGUUGUCAUAUAGUUACAUUAUUUUUAAUAUAAUGAGAAUGUCAUCUGUCAGUGGCAGGAAAAAGAGUUUCUCAACCUGCUCCUCACAUCUCAUGGUGGUGUCCAUUUUCUAUAGCACCUUAAUGAUUGUCUAUGUUUUGCCUAAAUCAGAUGGCCUGCAAAGCAUUAACAAAGUGUUGUCCCUGUUUUAUACAAUCCUGACCCCUUUGUUUAAUCCCCUGAUAUAUAGCCUACGGAACAGGGAAGUGAAAGAGGCCCACAGAAGAGCAAUUGCUAAAUUGGUCUCCUGGAGGACCAUCAAAAGACUAAUUCCCAGCAUCCGCCGCCAAGAGCUUAGCGACCAGAAGCUAAUAUUAAGAGACUAUCAAGGUAAUCGCAUUCCGGUCGUUGACACUGGACAUUUUCAAGUCUCGUUCAGAAACCACACCACCAUCCUACCACUCACAAUCAUCGAUAAAGACAGACCCAGCCUACUCGGGUUGCAGUGGUUCGCACUGUUGGAGAUCGAGAUGGCAGGCAUCAACCACACAGAAAAUGGAAACUGGGAAACAACGCUCAUCCAGGACUUCCAAGAAGUCUUCAGUGAACAUCUAG